CUCAAAGGAGAUGGGGGAAAUCCCAGAUUUUCUAAUCUUUCUUUAUAAUCUAGUAUGAGCUAAUCCUCUAUUCUGUGCUUGCUACGUGAUUUCCAUUUGAGGAACUUAAGCAUAAGAAAAAAGAUUGAAAAUGAGCCUGUGGAGUGGGCUCAUGGGCUGGUCCUUGUCAGGGACAGAGCACACGGCAGGGGUCAGGGCUGGCUGUGAGCUCAGUCCUGGUGUGCAUCCAUGGAACUCUGACCUCAUUAAAAUUGUGUGUGAACUACUGGCUUGCAUGCAGUUGUCAGUUCACCCAUUUAGGAAAAAGAUACUCUUUAGGACAUCUUGACUGCAUUUUAUUUUAAAACACUGCUGUGAUCUUUGUGUAUUUUUUCCCCUUGCAGCAUACACGCUUACUGUAGUGUGUCCAGCUCAGCUUGGUUUUUUGACCAUAAAGAACAUUUUAUUUGCAUCUCUGCUCAUCUCACCAACUUGCUGUAGCACAGAACCUUCUGCAUGGCACCCAUUUGUCCUCGCUCAUGUAUGUUUGGAGCAGAGAUUUUGCAGCUGGGCUGAUAAAUAAGGUGUUGCUGGAUGGUGCCAUUAUUGAUUGUUCAGGGUUCUAAUUGUUUCUAAGCUACUGCAGACAUUUUUUAAUUGUGACUUGAAGACAUUUUUGAAAGUAAAUUAGAAUACCAAAGCAAAACGUGUCCCUUCUGUGUUUCUUCAUGCUGGAAUCUGUGCCUUGGAGGUAAUUACAAAUUAACUGUUCUCCUUUAUGGGCUUUCUACACAGCUGUAUUUUUUGGCCAGCAACGCCUGUGUGGGUGCAACUGGUCAAACAGAACCAAAAUACAAGUGAGAACUGGCUAUCAUUGUGCUCAAGGGUUCCUUGUAGACAGGUAGCUAUCUCUCUAUCUAUAAAUAUAUGUAGCUUUUAUUAUACCAGGUAAUCUAGAGGGCUUUUGGAAAUGACCCCGGAUAUACUUAGGUGUUUUUGUGAGGGGUCAAAACUACAAUGCAGACCAGGCUCUUACAGUUCUGCUGUCCAUUUUUCUUAUUUUGCUUGUUAGACUUUUGUGACUUGUCUCUGUGCCCCCGUGUUCUCUAUGGAAAAAAAACUGAGCUUAGACAUGGAUCAGAAUUGUAAUUGCUCACCGUUGAGAGUGACCUGUUUGGGUAAAACUGACCCUGUCCAUGAUAACCUUGCAGUUUGUCCUUCUCAAAUUGUUGUAGUUGUGUGCUGGGGAUUUGACGUCUCAUGGUCAGAGGUGGGGUGCUUAUCAUGAUUUGAGCAGCCUGGCUCCACAGGAAGACUAAACUCCAUGGAGUGAACUUCUGGAAAAGGCAAUGCAGAGUGCUCCAGCAACCUUGGAUGGUACUGUUCACAUAGCUGUUCAGUACUGUUUAGGUAUUUGCUCCUGUAGAAUGAUCUUGAAGCAGUUCUGUUUACAAAUGAAUUUUGUUUUCACUAAAAGUUUAUGGCACUCUUGUCUCCCUUGUCUCCUUGCUCCACAAUCCAAACACACAGAUGACGACUAACAGCUUUGCCUGUCUGUGUUUUUGUCAGUGGCCUGGUUGUUUGGAUGCAAGGUGUCUUCAUGUUUCAACUCUCCAGAUACAGGCUGGGUGACAGGAUCCUAGAUAUUUGCUUCUUUUUUUUUGCUGGUGCAAAAACAGAGGCCAGUAGAUAGAAAACUAAAUAUUAUAUGCUGAGCCCUUGAUGAUGCUGCUGUUCAUAAAUUGGGAACCAAGCAACACGCGUGUGGAAGUUCUCUGGCUUUCUCCUAGCAUAUGAGAGUACUGAAUGUACUGUAUCAAAUUAUUACAUGCUGUUUUCCUUCCAUUGCCAUCUGUUAUCUCUCUUCUGGUCCUUAUCUUUAACUCUGCAAAUCCUUUUAGAAUUUACUUGAAAAUACCAGAGGGGAGAAGGUGGCUCUUAGGUAAUGUUUUUAUUCAUGCAGUGCUUGUUUUUAAGUGCACCACCCUCUUUAUUUUAUACUCAUAUCUUUCUGUGUAUUUUGGGUGCAAGAGCAGUGUGAUCUAACUUUCUGGCUGCAUUCACAUUGCGUACCUAAGAUCAAAAUACUGGAAAUAAUAGGUUCCAUGAGCUUGUCUCUUCCUCAGAAUCAAAAAUAGGUGAUAUUGAAUGUAAUCAGAUGGAAAAGGCUGGCAAUGUCUAAUAUAAAAGCAGUUUGUUGUCAUGGUCAUAAGAAGUUUUAAUUCCUGAUCUUAAACUUUAUUAGAAACUCUCGGAGUGAAGCACCUGCUACCCCUAAUACUUGAGAACACAAGUGUGACUGUUAGCAGAACCUGGUUCUGUUCAGUGUGCCUGUUGAGAUAAUGCCAUGUGCUUGCUGCUAGUGUAGGGAUUUAAUUUGAACUUGGAAGGGCCCUGUUUCCAGAAUUGUCCCCAUGUAUUAUACUAAUGCUUAAUUCAUGUUGAAAUAUUUUUGCAGUAAAGUCUUAUGAUCCAGUGAAUAAGGGGGAAUAAGAGGAAUGUGUGCAGCAAGGUGCUAACAGAGUUUGUGGUGUUUAGGAUGAGAGCAUGCAGAGUUCGUGUUAAGAGCAUUCAGGUCCUUCAGUUAUGUGCUUCGAUUUGUUUUUAGGAUGAGAAGCAAUCAUCUUGAAAUGCUGCAAGUUCUUAGGGCUGCAGAGCUGCUCGCUGAUGCUAAGAAGUUUCAGAGCAGGGUAUCAGAAGGAUGUGAGGAUGGGAAAGUGCAUUCCCCCUUGCUUUUGUAAAUCAGUAUCCUUUGUUGUACUUGCAGCUCUCAAAAUGAAGGCAGUCAAAUGAUAGCUGAAUAUGAUACUGUUGUUUGGUUUAUAUGAAUUUUGCUUUGAGCUGAGUUCUGGCAGCUUUGCUGAGUGGGAAGCUGAUAUGUUUGGCCUCUGUGCCGGCUGCGUGGGCUGUCAUUAGGAGGUGUUUUGUAGAAGUUGCUGUAUCUUACCUUCUCCCUCUGUUAUAAAGCUUCAGCAGGCGGUCUCCUCUCUCCGACUGGCACUGUGUUUGUUGGGCUGAAAUGAUUUUGAACCCCUGAGGCUGCCAGGCUGGUUCUACAGCAGUCUAGGAGCUGUUGUGCUGCCUUUCUGGUUUUGUACCCCAAGUGUUUUAUUAGUGAGGUGCCUGCCUCUCAAGAAGAGCAUCUCAUUAUCUAAUUAUGAAACGCUACCUUGCAUUGCAAAACAGUGUUUCCACAUUUGGAUAAACCAAACAUGCUCAUCAACCCUUUUAGGGUAAACAUUUUGUAUUGCUAUUGGAAAUCUUCAGUAAAGCUAGACUGCAGUUAUGAAGAAAAAUGCAGUGGUCUAAGAGAAUGUCAGGACCUUGAAGGGAGGAUAAAGCUGUUCCAUCAGGUAGCGCUGUGCUUGAUGGAGAACAGAGAGAAACUCUGACAUAGCGUGUUAACUGCUCGUCCUACAAGAUCACAGCAACAUAGCAGGCUAACAAAUUAGCUCUGAAGUAGUUAAACUAAAAGUGAAGUUAAAAAAAAAAAAAAAGGAAAAUGUACUCAUUUUUUGGCAAUCCACUUGUCCAUGUGAGCUAAAGACACGCUUCAUGGUGACCAUACUGCUGGUCAUGCAGAUACGUAAGUGUUUGUCGUUGCUGCUGAACGGCUGCACUGUGCUUACAGAGCAAAAAUAUACUUGUGCUCUCCAUAAAAACAACAGAGACUUCCUUCCAAAUUACCUUCAUGUGCAGAGGAAUCUUAACUUGCAUGGCCAUGAAAUUCUCUUUAGGCAAACAUUCAUUGUGGAGGCCUUCAAAACAUCAAGGCAGAAACAAAUUGAAAAGCAGCUAGUAGAUAAGCAUUGCAAAUUUACAGAUACUUAUCUGAAUCUUUUUGAUUUAGAAAUUGGGUUUGGGAAUCUUGAGGGAGCCUGUUCUCACGAUAUGAGGCCUGGUAAAGCCCAGAUCUGUGGAAGAGUUCAGCCUUUCAUUUAAAGGAUUGAAGUCCUGUCCUGAGGUGGUCUAAGAUGUGCCUUGCAUCUGAGAAUUGUUAGGGAUUUUGAGAUUUGGUGUUUGGAAUUGAAUGUUUUGUUAAAUAAAUAUUUAUCUUACUGUGCUCAUGAUUUUCAUGCAUGUAUUUUGAAGUGUAAGAUGUUUAAGAAAAAAAAAAAAAGGUAAGAAGAAAAAGCUGUUGGAUCAGUUAAAAAAUGCAGAGAUCUGCUUAGUUAUUAGAACUGAUUUUUUGAGGUUUUCUUUGUCAACUGUUUCAAGUGCAGUCAGUCUUAUUCCAAAGCACUUUCACAAAAUGUAUCAGGAAUAGAUCAAAAUAUUUCUCUCUAUGCACACCUAUACCUUUAUUCAUUUGAUAGCUAUAGCCCCUAAGGUAUAAAGCGUUUAUACUCUGCAUGUUUUCCCAGUGGUAAGGCAAUGCUGGCACUGAAGCCUUAGUCUUCAAGUGAUAUUUGGAGAUUGCAUGGCUGGUAAAUGGGGACAUCACUUGUGAAAUAACCUUGUUUAAUUUGGGUUCAUUUGUAUUAAAAGAAGAAAGCCCCCAGUAGAUCCUGGUGUCGUAUGCUGAGGGUCUCCUGCACUCACCCUGCUCCCAGCACCAACCGCUCCCCUGUGCUAAGCGACUCACAGAGCCCGACUGGGACUUGUUAUGGCAGAGGCUGCUGGAAACAGUUCUGGGAUGAACUUGUGGAGCAGUUUUGAACUAAACCGCUUAUCUGCACAGCCCAUUGAGAAACCUUGCUUAUAUCUUAACGCUUUCACACACAGUAAUGUAUACAUGAUGAUGUUGUGUCUGUCAGUAUGUCUACGUAUGCACUAACUUUAACCAGGGUUACCUGAAAAAUGCAUGGAAUCAUUGUAACCCCAAAACAAGCUCUUACAAACAUAGAUUGUGGAAACAUGUUAGUACUCAGUAGAUGGGUGGUGUUUUAAAUCUCUCUACAAAUUAUCAGUAAUGAGUCUGAAGUUAAAAAUAGACGUUUAUGUGUAGAGAGCCAGGGGGAACUACUUCUGACAAAAAAAAAAAAAAAGUGCUUUCAUGGAGCAGUUCAUUAUUCUUGUCUCAUGAUGCAGUCAGGUUUGGUUGGGUCUUUGUUGGGUGACUUGGUGUGGCCAUGAGCUGUACUGCCAGGAUCUGUGGAGCCCAGAGGGAUGCUGGGGUGCCUGUGCUGCUGAGAGAAUGCUCUGUAGUGUCUCCACACGUGUUUUUACAAGUGAGACUGGGAAGGGUCAGCAAUUAGUGGUUUAAGCUCCAUUACUUUUCUUGUUUUAUACUUUAAUCUAUAGAAAAGCGAGGCAAUGUCUCCAUCUGCAGAAACGUCUUAAAGAGUUUUUUGACCUUCCGUUUUUAUUCUGCGUUCUGUUCUGUUUUCCCCCUGAGUUUCAAAGCAAGGAUUUUGCAUGAAUUUGUUAAAAACUCCAGGUUAAUUGCUGUGGCCGUCACCCGUCUGCUGCUUCCUUAGUCCCUGCUGGUACGUGUUAAGUGUGGUUCAGAUCAGUUCACCUGCACUGCUGCAUUUGUUGCAGUCUUUCUGAUGCCCUUCAGAAGCCAAACAAAAUCACUGGAGCAAUGGCAGACUGCUGUGUAGCUGUGCCCUUGUGCACGGCCACGCUUACACUGUCGCUUUCCUCAAUCUUCUGUUGUAAAGAACAGACUGUGAGGUCUCAUCUAUCCGGCUUGUGCGUCUGUAUUUGUUUCACACAGAGUAAUAGAGUGUCACACAUCAGUACUGUGCUAAACCUUCGGCUCUGGGAGCUGGUGUUACCCUGCAGCAGAGCUGGGUGCUCCCACUGCUCAGCCUUGUGGUAGCGAGUGUGGGACUGAUCGCAGUGUGGGACUGAUCGCAGUGUGCGCUGCGUGAAGGUGGGUCACAGCCGGGGUCUGGGAGAGGCCAAGGCCGGGAGUGGAGCUGGGUCCGCACGCAGACCUGCGCUCGGGCUGUCGGUGCGGAGCCGCCCGCAGUGUGAGGGGCGGGCAGGGCCGGCGGCGGGCAGCCGGGCAGCGCCAUCAUCGCUUUGAUGUUGGCGGGGCGGGUUGUUUUCUAAUUCCUGACACGGAGGAGGAAGGUGAAUCAUGUGCCCCAGCUCAUGUGGCAAGAGAGCCUGCACAGACCAGAACGAGUGUUGCCAUCCUGAGUGCCUGGGGAGCUGCACAGCACCCGACAACAACACUGCUUGCGUGGCCUGUCGCAACUACUACUACGAAGGGGUCUGCAUGCCCACCUGCCCUCCAAACACCUACAAGUUUGAGGGCUGGCGCUGCGUGACCAAGGAGUUCUGCUCCAAAGUCCCUGCCACUGAAACAAGUGAAUACGAGAGGUUUGUGAUUCACAACGAUGAGUGCAUGGCAGAGUGCCCUUCUGGAUUCAUACGCAAUGGGAGCCAAAGUAUGUUCUGCAGCCCUUGUGAGGGGCCUUGCCCCAAAAUUUGUGAGGAUGGGAAAACGAAGACCAUCGACUCUGUCACAUCAGCACAAAUGUUGCAGGGAUGCACGAUUCUCAAGGGGAAUUUGCUGAUCAACAUCCGUCGUGGAAAUAACAUAGCUUCAGAACUGGAGAAUUUCAUGGGUCUGAUUGAGACAGUGACAGGAUAUGUGAAGAUUCGCCAUUCCCAUGCAUUGGUUUCUCUGUCUUUCUUGAAGAACCUGCGGUAUAUUUUGGGAGAGGAACAGGUGGACGGGAAUUAUUCUUUUUAUGUACUUGAUAACCACAAUCUACAGCAACUGUGGGACUGGAACCAUCAUAAUUUGACGAUCAAGGAGGGGAAAAUGUACUUUGCAUUUAAUCCUAAAUUGUGCGUUUCUGAGAUCUACCGUAUGGAGGAAGUUUCAGGAACCAAAGGGCGACAGAGCAAAGGAGAUAUAAAUCCAAGGAACAAUGGGGAGAGAGCCUCUUGUGAAAGCCACAUUCUGCGUUUUGUUUCCAACACAACACUGAAGAAUCGGAUUAAGCUGACGUGGGAACGGUAUCGCCCUCCAGAUUACAGAGAUCUCAUUAGCUUCACUGUUUACUACAAAGAAGCGCCAUUCAAAAAUGUGACAGAGUAUGAUGGACAGGAUGCGUGCGGCUCCAAUAGCUGGAAUAUGGUCGAUGUUGACCUGCCACCAAACAAGGAGAAUGACCCUGGAAUUUUACUGCAGGGAUUAAAACCCUGGACUCAGUACGCGAUUUAUGUCAAGGCUGUUACCCUCACAAUGAUGGAAAACCAUCACAUUCAUGGAGCAAAAAGUGAAAUUGUGUAUAUACGAACCAAUGCUGCAGUGCCAUCCAUUCCCUUGGAUGUUAUUUCAGCAUCCAACUCCUCUUCACAAUUGAUUGUCAAAUGGAAUCCUCCUUCUCUUCCCAAUGGCAACCUCUCAUACUAUAUUGUACGAUGGCAGCAGCAACCUCAGGACAGUUACCUUUACAGACACAAUUACUGCUCCAAAGAUAAAGUCCCAAUUCGAAGAUAUGCUGAUGGGACCAUUGAUACAGAAGAAGCUACUGAACCCACCAAGCCAGAGGGCUGUGGGGGAGAGAAAGGACCUUGUUGUGCUUGUCCCAAGACAGAGGCAGAAAAACAAGCUGAGAAGGAGGAAGCAGAGUACCGGAAAGUCUUCGAGAACUUCCUUCACAACUCCAUCUUUGUCCCCAGACCUGAUCGGAAGCGGAGGGAUGUGUUCCGCAUUGCAAAUGCCACUUUGGCCACUCGAAACAGGAACACAACUGGGGCAGAUCACUUCACCAACGUUUCUGAUGCAGAGGAGAGUGAGGUGGAAUACCCGUUCUUUGAGACCAAAGUGGAUGGCAAGGAGAGAACUGUGAUCUCCCAUCUCCAGCCUUUUACUCUUUACCGCAUUGAUAUUCACAGCUGCAACCAUGAAGCUGACACACUCGGUUGCAGCGCUUCCAACUUUGUCUUUGCAAGAACCAUGCCUUCAGAAGGAGCAGAUAACAUUCCAGGAACAGUAGCCUGGGAAGCAAAAGAAGAAAAUACCGUCUACCUGAAGUGGUUAGAGCCUACAAAUCCAAAUGGGCUGAUACUAAUGUAUGAAAUCAAGUAUGGGCAGCAUGGAGAGGAGAAACGAGAAUGUGUUUCAAGACAGGAAUACAAGAAGCUUGGAGGGGCAAAGCUGACUCAUCUGAACCCCGGAAACUAUUCUGCUAGAGUUCAGGCCACAUCAUUGGCUGGAAAUGGAUCUUGGACUGAGCCAGUCUCUUUCUAUGUACAACCCAAAUCAGCAAACUAUGACAAUUUCCUCCAUUUGAUAAUUGUGCUCCCCAUUGCUUUCCUGCUCAUCAUUGGGGGUUUGCUGAUAAUGCUGUAUGUCUUUAACAAGAAGAGGAACAGUGACAGACUGGGCAACGGAGUGCUUUAUGCAUCUGUGAACCCUGAGUACUUCAGUGCUUCGGAUGUGUACGUUCCAGAUGAGUGGGAGGUGCCCCGCGAGAAGAUCACCAUGUGCCGGGAGCUUGGGCAAGGCUCUUUUGGGAUGGUGUAUGAGGGAAUAGCCAAGGGAGUGGUGAAGGAUGAGCCGGAGACCCGAGUGGCCAUCAAAACAGUCAAUGAGUCUGCAAGCAUGCGUGAGAGGAUAGAGUUCUUAAAUGAGGCCUCGGUGAUGAAGGAGUUCAAUUGUCACCAUGUGGUUCGCCUUCUAGGUGUUGUUUCUCAGGGCCAGCCUACCCUAGUUAUCAUGGAGCUGAUGACACGUGGGGACCUCAAAAGUUAUCUGAGAUCACUGAGGCCAGACACAGAGAGUAAUCCUGGCCAAGCACCUCCAACUCUGAAGAAGAUGAUUCAAAUGGCAGGAGAGAUUGCUGAUGGGAUGGCUUACCUCAACGCCAACAAAUUUGUUCACAGAGAUCUUGCAGCGAGGAACUGCAUGGUGGCAGAAGAUUUUACAGUGAAAAUCGGAGAUUUUGGCAUGACAAGAGAUAUCUACGAGACAGAUUAUUACCGGAAAGGAGGGAAAGGUUUGCUGCCCGUCCGCUGGAUGUCCCCGGAAUCACUGAAGGAUGGAGUGUUCACGACGCACUCCGAUGUCUGGUCUUUUGGUGUUGUACUUUGGGAGAUUGCAACAUUAGCGGAGCAGCCGUACCAAGGCAUGACCAAUGAGCAAGUGCUCCGCUUUGUGAUGGAAGGAGGUCUGCUGGAAAAACCAGACAACUGCCCUGAUAUGCUGUUUGAACUGAUGCGCAUGUGCUGGCAGUACAACCCGAAGAUGAGGCCCUCCUUCCUGGAAAUCAUCAGCAGCAUUAAGGACGAGCUGGAUCCGGCGUUCAAAGAGGUCUCCUUCUUCUACAGCGAAGAGAACAAGCCUCCGGACACAGAGGAGCUUGACCUGGAGACUGAGAACAUGGAGAGCAUUCCUUUAGAUCCCUCCUCUACCCUCCAACCCACUGACAAGCACUCAGGACACAAAGCCGAGAACGGCCCGGGCGUGGUGGUGCUUCGGGCCAGCUUUGAGGAGAGACAGCCGUACGCACACAUGAACGGGGGACGCAAGAACGAGCGGGCCUUGCCGCUGCCCCAGUCUUCGGCCUGCUGAUCCUUAGACCCAGAAUCUGACAGAAACAGAACGCAGAAAAACGCGUGUAUUGGGGGAAGAAAGAAAGAAAACUACAAUAUAUUCAAAUGCCCUACUGUACCUCAGUGGAUCUUCAGAACUGCCAUAGCUGCACUUGGGAGAACCCUUUUUUUCAGUAAACAAGUUAUUGUUUUUUUUUUCUUUUUUUCAAUAUGCAAGCAGAUGUUUGUUUCGGUAAAGGACUCCAUUCAUGGGGCACACAGUUGGCCUUUUAAAACUCUAAUGUUAACACUUAAUAGCAACAGAAAACUUGAGAUUUGAUGUCUCUCUCUCUCUCUCUCCCCUCCCCCCCCCAUCUCUUUCUUUCUGUCUGUCUUUGCUUCAUAAUGGGAAACAUAUCUGCGUGCAAGUUCAACCGUACGGCACUUUUAUCAGAUCAAAGAUAUCGCAGGCCAGGUGGCUCCCUGCUCCCCUGCAAGCACCUGCCUAACACUGUAGGUCUUUAUUUAAAAAAAGAAAAAAGAAAAAAGAAAAAAAAAAAAGAAAAAAAGAAUAAAAAACCCAACAAAACAAAC